AGGUGGCGCUGUCGCCGUGGAAAGAUGCGAUCAGCGGCGAGCGAGCGAGCAGGCUUUUCUUCCCUAAUCGCUCGCUGCAUUUUCGGCGACAGCCACCCGACCCGCGGCGGUCCGUCCGUCCGUCUGGAGCCGUCGACAAGCACACAACCCACCCUGCCUGCGCGAGAAAUGUCGACGUUGUGAGGAGGGCGGAGGACGACGCCAGACUUUUCUUUUUUUUUUUUUUGGGACCGACCCGGCGGUUUCGGCUCGAGCGUGACUUAGUGUCACGGGCGCUUUGUCUGUCACAAAGCCUGGCCUCAUCAGACUCGCCGGCCGAUGACUAGCGGCAAUGGGGACAGAUGGACGAGAGAGACACCACGAUGACACAAUCUGCUGUCUGGGAUCACCCAAAAAAAAAAAAGGCCUCACGGAAGUGAGAAUUUGCAACGUCCGUCCCUGCCUGUGCUCUGAGCCCAAAGUGCCAACUGGCGGAUGAUCCAUCCGUUGGAUGCACGCGAGAAUCUUGCCUGCUUUAGUUACUGUCUCUCACUUGUGGUGCACACAAAGCUCGUAAUGCUGUCCAAUCUGGUUUUUAUUCCAAUCUUUGAAUUCUGCCGGUGUGAGUCACCCUUCCUUCAGAGCUUCAGUGUGCACCCAAUGCGGCGGUAGAAAACAACAAAUGUGACGGACGGCGUAUAAAGCGAUUCGCUCGUCUGCUCUUGUACAAAGCGGAAACUUAAUUAGCCAGCGUUUUCCAGUCUGCGUUCUAUUCUUAGGUAGAAGAAUUCAAAUGGGACGCAAAUAGAAACUGCUCAUUUGAACACCUUCCUCCAAUUGUGACGUCGAGUGAGCUUUAUUAAUCCUGCAAUUAGGGUUUUUUUUAAUAGCAGAAAAGUGUGACCAGGCCGCAUAUUGUUGAUGCUUGCGUCAUCCAUUCCAUUUCAAAUAGAUUUGGAAGCUAGGACAAAAAAAUUCUCAUGUCAGGUGAAACUCCAAGUUUCCAGCCAAAUUCCCUGUUUCUCUUUGAGUUUUGUUUCAGGUUUUGUUUCGAUGAAAAUGGAACUACUUGUACAAGAUCAAGUGUUUCCCAAAUUUGGAUGGGGUAACAAGAUCAGAAAUUUCACACGGACCGAAAAUGGUCAAAUGAGGAAGUUACAUUUUCUCAGUCAUGGACGCCCCCCCCAGGCCAAUUUGCAACACACUUCCACAAAUAUGCCUUUUGUCAUGCUUGAAAGCCUCCAGAGCUGGUUUGACACGCUGGGGAGGGGAGGAGAGUGUUUGUUUGGUCCUCUUUGGUCUCAUCACCUGAGCAUUUAAAGGCAUACCCGACGGCACUGGAAGUCGAAAGCGAGCCCCAGUAUGUCCAAGCGGCGUGCGUUGGAGAGAGGGGCCGGAGAGACAUCGAGUCGGGGCGGCAAGCUGCAGUGUCCCGUGUACAGUUCGGGCAGCAACGCCAAGCGAGCUGGGCCUUUCAUCCUUGGGCCUCGUCUGGGCAACUCACCAGUACCCAGCAUAGUGCAGUGUCUGGCCAGGAAAGACGGCAGCGACGAUUUCUACCAGCUCAAAAUCCUGACGCUGGAGGAGCGAGCGGACUCUGCCGGCGAGACGCAGGAGGAGAGGCAGGGCAAGAUGUUGCUGCACACCGAGUAUUCCCUCCUGUCCCUGCUGCACAACCAAGACGGCGUGGUCCACCAUCACGGCCUCUUCCAGGACCGGGCCUACGAAAUGGUGGAGGACCCGGAGGCCAACAAGCUGCGCAAGAUGAAGAAGCGCAUCUGCCUGGUCCUGGACUGCCUGUGCGCGCACGACUUCAGCGACAAGACGGCCGACCUCAUCAACCUGCAGCACUACGUCAUCAAGGAGAAGCGGCUGGGCGAGCGCGAGGCCAUCAUCAUCUUCUACGACGUGGUGCGCGUGGUGGAGGCCCUGCACAAGAAGAACAUCGUGCACCGAGACCUCAAGCUGGGAAACAUGGUGCUGAACAAACGGACGCACCGAAUCACCAUCACCAACUUCUGCUUAGGAAAACACCUGGUGAGCGAGGACGACCUGCUCAAAGAUCAGCGAGGGAGCCCCGCCUACAUCAGCCCCGAUGUGCUAAGCGGUCGCCCGUACCGCGGUAAGCCCAGCGACAUGUGGGCUCUGGGCGUGGUCCUGUUCACCAUGCUGUACGGCCAGUUCCCUUUCUACGACAGCAUACCUCAAGAGCUCUUCCGCAAGAUCAAGGCCGCCGAGUACUCCAUCCCAGAAGAUGGCCGCGUGUCCGACAACACGGUUUGUCUGAUCCGAAAGCUGCUGGUGCUCGACCCGCCGCAGAGGUUGACGGCCGGCGAGGUGCUGGAGUCCCUCGGGGACAUCAUCGCCUCUUGGCAGUCGGUUUCGUCGUUGAGCGGCCCGCUGCAGGUGGUUCCGGACAUCGACGAUCAGCUCAACCACCCGGAGCAUCUGCAAGAGGCCAAAGUGACGGAGGAGUCGUCGCAGUACGAGUUUGAGCACUACAUGCGCCAGCAGCUGCUGCUGGCCGAGGAGAAGAACACCUUCCACCAGGCCAAGGGCUUCCUCAAGCGUCACUUCAACAGCCUGCCGCCCGUGCGGCGCCUGGGCCACGACGCCCAGCCCGUCAGCCCGCUGGACGCCGCCAUUUUGGCGCAGCGCUUCCUCCGCAAGUAGAACGCUUGCGUGAGGCGGGCCCGGCCGGGCCGGGUCAAACAAAAUGCGGCGGAACUGCCAAAGAUAGGCCCACCUUUGGGUUACCGCGCAAGCCUCCAGCACGCCAUUCUCAGCGGCGCCGGCCGGCUCCCGCGGGAGCGCCCUCAUGUAGCAGCCCCUCCCCUCCCGUCACGCCUCCCUCCCUCCCUCCCUCCUUCCCUCCCUCCUUCCUUCUACUGUCGGCCCCAUUUUGGAAAACCUUCAAAUCAAUCUACCUCUCCAUCUCUUCUUCUGUGUUGUUCUACAAUCCCACCGACGACGUUCACCAUUUGCCCGUCGCGCUCCGGGGAGAGAAACGACAAACCCGCUCACUCGAGUGGUUUUCUGCCAGGGGAGGGGAUAGAAUGGAAUAAGCUUUUUUUUUUUUUUCUUUUCUUUUCUUUGAAUCAUUCUGACCUUGGAGUAGCAUUUCUAUUAUUCUAUUGAAGACGGACUACAUGGAAACACGCUUUGGUACCGGUUGUCUCGUCCCUGCGGAGAUCUCUUUCCUAGCAUCAGGCAGCUAGCGUGCGGAGGAAGUCGCCAUGCCAAGACCCCCGAUGAGGCCCAAAUGUUGACUGCUGCCGGCGCCGCCGCCUCCUCAUCCUCCUCGGUGCCACAGCCAAAAAAACUUUUUAAACGCCACGGAACUGGUACCCAGCACCUCAUCGGGAAUUGAAAAGGCCUCCAGGUGGUCUGACGAGCGACGGACGAAAAGUGUGUUUCUGUUUCCAGUAUGAAUGUGAAUGACACUUUGACAUGUUUGCAUAGCCAUGAGUGUGUGUGCGUGCACGUGCGCACGCGUGUCUCAAGCCAGUGGCCGCCGAGCCGGCCAUCUUUUAAGCUAUCCUCCACUCUUGCGAGGCUUUUUCCACGCCGCCGUACCGGCUGGAGUACAAGUAGGCGCGCCCGUUUUUACCUGAGAGCAAAAAGGAAAGGGACUUUUGCUCGUACUCGCUAAUGGCGAGUACAGCCAAGCGACGGCCGGCCGGGUAGCGUGCGGUGGAAAAGCGUCCAAAUGAUUUUUCUUAUCUGGCACACUGUGAAAAGCAGACCAACACCCUUGCUUGGGUAUUAGCGGCCCCCUCGUCGACCCCCAUGUAUGAUUCCGCUUUGUAGGUGCUUGGUGAUCCAUACUGUAAUAUUUCUUUUGUGCCCCCCCCCCCCCCCCCCCACUGUUGCCGUGGAAUGCGGUGACGAUUUACACAAUCUUUUUUGUUGAAUUUUUACGUGAAGCUACGCCUACCGGCGACAUUGCCGCGGGCUCAAUCCCACUUUGUAUUAUUUAUGUUUGCAUCCCAACCUCAUUCACUUGCAAUUUCAAGGUGGAUAUUUAUUUAUUGUUCUCUCCCGAAUCUUUCCUUAUACGCAUCGAUGGUAGCUCGGAGCUAACAAAAGUACAUCUGCAUUUCUUGCCAUAUUGACACCAUUUAAGCUAGUCUGACUCACACUAAUGAUUCGAAUUGAUUUGGAGUCUGUCUUCCUUCUCUUGAAUCAUCCAUCCCCAUUUGGACAAUGAGUGUGGGUUGUAGUAACCAAAAUGCUGAUGGCCCACGAGAUGGUAAUUAGCGGUAGUGUACUUUACUAAAUGUCAAUGUUUUUGACCCCCCCCCCCCCGCUCUUUCUAGUUUGUGUUGCUUGCCACGCAUGAAAGUAACUCAAUGUGGAAGGGAAAUGUUGCAUGACGUUGCUGCCACACGUCUCUGCCGCUCAUUUACUAGAGAGUGGAUAGACUAUACUUGGUUCAAUCCUCUCAUUUCUUUUGCAAAAAUUCCAUCAAUCUCCAGACACGCCUUUUCUCAAAAAGUUCGCCUGACAUUUUCACUAUUUUUAUUUGACAAUUUCAUUUUGUAGCAAAAAUCCUCCGCUUCAUCGAUCCCACUGAUUUUUUUUUUCCCAAUAGAUACAAAUGAUAUAUUUAUUCUCCACCCUGAAAAUGAUUUUCCGUACUGAUUUUGUAGUAAUAUUUGAAUCUAGCGCCAUUAUUUGAGAGUGUAAUUUAGUAGCAAAACUGCAGUAAUGGAUUCUCACAAAGCCAACUGUGUCCUCCAACCACCCAAAAACAUUUCACCUUUUUUAGUAGCAUGUUUUUUUUUCCCCCCAAUAUUUGUUUUCUUUUUUUUUUUUUUUUUUGGCAAACUACCCCCACCGGCUUUGAAGUACUGUAGUUGGGUUUAGUUCAGACAUAUUGCUGACGUGUUUCAAGCGCUCAUUUGACAAGGCAGAUGUGUUUUGGUCGUUGUCUCGUAAGCUGCUCGCUCAUCUUUGGGGGCAUGUCGAGACACAAUGACAUUAUUGUACAGUUGGGAAAUCAUCUUUGUAUAAAAUAAACCUAUUUUUCUACUUCAUCAGAAACUACAUGCAUGUCAGCAAUAAACUUUGAUAUGGAAAAAAUGA